CCAUACAGAGGACCACCACGGGACUUCUGACUAACUAAAGAUGACAAAAGCUACAUCCAAGCCCUGAUAACGAACCCAAUGGAACAAACCCCAACAGUUUACUGGCUGGGGGACAUCAGUGAUGAACUUUUGAGGCCAAUAGAGAUGUGGAAACAAUACAUGAUGAAAAUCAUCCCAAAAGCCAGACCACCCACCUGCCCAACCCACUGCACACUUAAAUACUUUCAACAAGAUCCUCCCACAGCGGAUGACUGGAUCAAAGAACAACCAGACAGGGUUAACCUAACAUCAACAGCCAUCAUCAUCGGACCGCAAGGAGCAGCAAUGAGUAUCGAACCCAACGCCUACCUAACAAAGGAAUUUGAGGUUCCAAACAGCGUCCCCCACAUCACAAUACUCAUAAAUGAAGGGUACACUUCUAAAAAGUUGGGGCCAAUGAUGAAAGAAGCCGGAAAACUACGGAUAUGGACACACAAGGAAAACCAUAUCAUGGAGAGCCAAGAUGGAAGGUUCCUGAAAAUAAUGACGGACGCUCAAGGAAAUACAAGACCAGAAGUAAUCCUGCUACCAUGCGAUGAACCUACAAGGGACCCAAAACGACUGAUGAAGGAAGAAAUGCUGUCAAUCGUUCCAUCCGAACUGUGGGCGAAAAGUGACACAGAUGUCGGACUGAUGAAAAAUGCACAACCAGUCUCAAUCAAACUGAAAGAAAACACCACCCUUCCAUUUGUGCCACAAUACCCGCUGUCAGAUCAUGUGCUAGAGGGAACCAGCAGAACUCUACAGAAACUGGAGGAACUAGGAGUGGUGGCAGAAGAGAUGUAUCCAGUAACGAACACCCCAAUCUGGCCGAUUGAGAAACCAGGAAGGAAGGAAGUCAGACUGACAAACGACCUGAGGAGACUGAACGAAAUUGUUGAAGAUAUAGACACAGACAUUCCAAAUCCCUACAUCCUGUUAUGUAACUUGACACCAAAUCACAAGAUCUUCACGGUAAUUGACCUAUGCUCGGCAUUUCACAAUGUAAGGCUUCAUCCCGACAGCCAACACCUGUUCGGAUUUAAAUACGGACACAAACACUUCAAAUAUCUCAGGCUGCCUCAGGGUCUUAAAAUAUCACCAGCCAUUUUUAACGACCUUCUGAGAAAAGACCUGGAACAGAUCAAAGAAAAGAUCAACAGCACAAUCUUGAUCUACUGCGAUGACAUUUUGAUUGCUGCACAGGACAGAGAAACAUGCCACAAGGACUCAAUCACGCUUUUAACCCACCUAGCCGAAGGGGGACAUAGAGCAUCGCUGGCGAAACUACAGUACUGCCAAGAAAAAGUUGAAUACUUAGGCAGGCGGAUUUCACAGGGAGAAAAAGCCAUACUCCCUUCACAGAUUGAGGCAAUCACCAAAAUGCCAAAGCCAAGAACGGUUAAAGAAAUGAUGACGUUUCUAGGAAUGGCAGCGUACAAUUCAGACUGGAUCGACGGAUUUGCAGUCAUUGUUAAGCCAUUAAGAGACCUCAUAAGAGAAGAAGGGGUCCGCAACCUCAAACAUCCACUCACAUGGACCGUGGCCGCGGAACAAGCUUUUGAGGACAUUAAGAGAGCCAUGCAGACAGCACCAACAUUGGCGAUAGCAGAUUAUAACAUGCCGUUUUUGCUAUACGUCUCGUGCAGAAACAACCAUGCAUGCGGAGUUCUAGCACAAAACACCGGGAUAGGAAAAAGUGCACAAUGCAUAGCAUACUACACAAUCGCUCUGUCACCGGUAGAAAUAGGACUUCCAGAAUGCUACAUACACCUAGCAGCCGUUCAUCUAAUGUACGAAAAAGCAUCUGUUGUUACCAUGGGCUACAAGGUGGAUAUCUUAACACACCACAAGGUGGUGAGUUUGCUGGAAAAAAGCAACUUCGUUCUCACAAAUCAGCGCAUUUUGGAGUACUACCGGAUUUUGGAGUACCCCGACGUGUCGAUCAAAACAUGCAGAACCAAAAACCCGGCGGACCUCAUCCCUCUACCAAGUGAGGGAGAGGAACACGAGUGUGAAGAAGUGACCGAAAAACACAUGAAACUGAGAUCAGACUUAGAAGCUAAACCACUAUGCUGGCCACAUGAAAAAUUUUUCGUGGAUGGCUCAUGCUACAGAACAUUACAGGGCUUGGCAUCAGGAUAUGCUGUGGUCCGACACGACCCUCAAACAAACAAAUUCGAAGUGCUGGAAGCGCAAAAAGCUCAACAACCGUGUUCCGCGCAAAAAGCCGAACUUAAAGCGCUAAUCCGAGCAUGUGAACUAGCCGAGGGUAAACACGUAACGAUUUACACGGACUCCGCGUAUUGCCACUCCAUUGUACAUUUGUUCGCAGGAAUGUGGAAGAACCGCGGCUUCCAGAGAUCCGACGGAUCACCGGUCCAACACGCCGACGAAAUUAAACAGCUACUGGGGGCACUUAUGAAACCAAAAACUAUUGCAAUAGUUAAAUGCCCAGCUCACGUUAAAAGUGACACAAUCGUCGCAAAAGGAAACGACGAAGCCGAUCGAGCGGCCAAACAAGUAGCUGCAAGCUUGCAAGCUGUAAUUGAAACAGCGACUUUUGACUUGGAAGACAAAAUUACCAUAAAAGACAUUGUACUGAUGCAACAGAACGUACUGGACACACAAAAAGACUGGUGGAGACAGAGGGGAGCACAGAUGGACAAUGAACAGGUAUGGCGGACUCAUGACGGACUCAUUGUGCUCCCAGACGACCUUAUGACUUUGUUGAUAAGGGAAGGUCAUUCAGUAAGCCACGACUCCAAGUCUCAGGUAAUAGCGAAGAUUCGCAACUGGGGUUUCUGGGGGUAUAACCUGCAUGCCCAUGUAGAGAACUACAUCGCACGGUGUGAGGUUUGUAUAAAGAAUAAUGUCCGAAAGUCCCUGAAACCAACCCCAGGAACUUUCCCUUUGAGAGGCCCCUUUUCAGAACUGGUGAUCGAUUUCAUCGACCUGAUACAAAGAGUCCAAGGAAAAAGGUACGUUUUGGUGGCCGUGUGCAGAUUUACGAAGUGGGUGGAGGCAACUCCGACCCGCCGUAAAUCUGCCGAAGAGGUCGCAAAAUUUCUGAUCAGAGAAGUCAUCCCCCGUUUUGGAAUUCCAGAUCGGAUUUCAUCCGAUAACGGCAGGGAGUUUGUUGAAAAAGUCCUAAGCCUUGUCUUACAGGGUUUACAGAUUUCACAACGACUGGGCAGCGUCUACCACCCCCAGUCACAAGGACAGGUCGAAAGGAUCAACGGAGUCUUGAAAAACAAACUCCGGAAAAUAUGUGAAAGCACGGGGUUGACAUGGCUCGACGCUUUGCCAAUAGCUUUGAUGCAUAUCAGAGGUACGCAUAAUCGCGAGCUAAGAUUAACGCCACACGAGCUACUAACUGGACGAGCGAUGCCAACCCCGCUGUUUCGAACAUAUAAAGGAGCCUCUCUGGACACACUGAACAAUGAACUAAGGGAGUAUGUGAAACAAUUGAUUAAAGUGCAGGAUAGUUUGGUGUCACAUGUUCUCUCUGUGCAGGAAAACGAUUCUAGAAGGGAGUUGGAGGAGGAGCCAAAGAUCAAACCAGGAGAUCUCGUGUACGUGAAGGUGUUCCGCAGACAGUGGAACAGCCCGAGGCGAGAGGGGCCGUACGAAGUCACACGAGCCACCAGAACCGCAGUUCAGGUCAAAGGGAAACCGACCUGGUUUCACCUGUCCCACUGCACGCCAACAUCCACGACACGAGCAGAUGAUGACAGCCAAAGGGCGCUCCCGAGUCUCUGGCUCCUGGUCAUGGGUCUCAUGAUGUAUCAGGGGGGCCGGGCACAGCAACCAGAGAUGGUCCCGCCGCCCGAACCAGAUCCCGGACGGGAUCCGGUCCAACCUAACCAGGACGUGCUGAACAGACCACCUCCCCCCGACAGGACACAGGAAACCGGACAGAGACACGGCAAGGCUACAAUAAGAGCAGUUCACACGACAAAGAUAGAACCACGACAGACCACUAUCAUAACAAGCAACGGAAAGGUGACAUUGUUAUAUGACUACAUAACCUCAAAAUACGGACGUGUGGCACUUAGACGGGGCCGGCAGACUGGGAUUCAAAUGAUCCCGGAAGUAGAACAAGCACUGUAUAAAUGUGUUGGGCAGAUGAUGAAUAUAAUAUUACCAGACCAAAGAUAUUAUGAACAAUGUAUAUUUACAGUAGCAUGGCAGACCACACCAGAUCGGGAACUGAAGAUUAUGGAUGAGACGACGAAGUUCCAGUUGAAGGAGACAGAGGAAGCGAUAAGAGCAGCCAAAUGCGACUUCCAAAAUAUGCCACCCUAUCCAAUCGAACAAAGUCUGACGGUAGGGUGUAUCGCAGAUUCAUGUUUUGUAAUACUUCCAGGAGGACAACUGCUGGAAGCAGAGACGCCAGAAGGGACAAUGAGAGGAAUGAUAAUAACGGGGACAUGGGAUGAGUCACUCUGCCAACUCCACAUAAGAGACAGGACGACUCAACGAACAGCCGACGACGUAGAGCCAAGAAGGAAGGAAAGAACGGAGACAGACGUCAUGGUAAACAUUUCCCCGGAGCCGGAAGAGCCGGGGAUACCAGCAAACACGCUCGCUGUAACAGGGUAUGGAAUGGUGAGACAAUUGGAGGAAAUUAUGACUGACUGUGCUGUUAAGGUUUGGUUGUCAAUAGUCCGGGACAGAGCGGAGCACUUCAUGAUCUGGCAUCCCCUGGUGGCAAUAAUAAGAGGUAAGAGUGAGCGUGGGGAAACGGCAUGGUCAUUGGCCCUCCCACACACGGACCUCACCAUAGAGAUGGGGGUCACCGAGGGUAAGUGUGCAGACGUACCAGACACAAGACUCACAAUGAUUGUAGAUAUAGCCUGUAGUGGACACGGCUGUGCAGUAUUUGGACUGGGACAAGGAUGGAUAGACGCCUCAACCAUAGAACAGACUAAUUACCGCAUCAGAAUGAUGGUCGAACAACAACCAAUAGGGAAAAUGCAAGAAAGUGUUCUAUUAUACAGUAAUCCCAUAGAACACAUACCCAUAUAUGCUGAGGACUUAACAGUGAAUAAGAACUUUGAGGACUGUGUUGUAGGCCUAACUGUAAGACUUUUUGGCCACAUAUGGAAACAACUGCUCUGUUACAUGACAUUGUCGUGGAGGGUGAUCGGGCGGACUGAAUCACAAUACAUUGAACUGGCUGACCCGACAUCAGGGUGGCUAGUUCAAGAACGGGUCCAAACGCCAACCUGUACAAUACCAUCAGGCUCCCGUGGACCAGUGAGGAUUAAAGUGGAAUGCAAUGACCAAAAAUGUAUGAUGAUGAGGAAACCAUUGAAAUGGAUGAAUAAAGCUGAAGCGGACAGAUUUUGGCCAGGCCCGAUAAGAGGAAAGGGCUAUGGACUUGCUGAAACCACACAAUGUACUGAUAGGUUGCCAUUUCUGUCCCUAGAGCCGAGGAGACCGCAACUCGUCCAGGGCGACAGCACGCACCAGAACUGGCCGAGCGGCGACCGGACGCAGAGAGAUGCACGGAAUAAUGGGGAAAACACAGGUGGUGUGGUAAUACGACCAAAACGUGCAGAACCACGGGGCGCACAGAUACAGGGAGACGGUAAGACCAAUCCAGAACAGAAUCGGGCUACGAUGUCAUGGCGUGAGGCCAUAGCCAAGGCGGCGGCCGACGUUAAAACAUGGGUCGAAGGUAAGAUUGUCAACCCAUGGACGACGGAGACAGGCGUGAUAGAUGCACCGGAGGAAUUCCUAUAUGAUUUAGCUACACGAAAUAUGUGGUACCGCUGGGUAGAAUAUGUAGCAGACUCAGCGGGCGCGACGAACUGUUAUGCAUGUACUACAGCCAGACCAGAGAGGUUAAUGCUUGUAGACCCGGAGCAUAAUUGGCAGGAAUGCGAGACCUUAGAGGAACAAUGGCUCGCCGACACGGGAAAUGAGGAUGGCCUCCUUUGGUGCCCCGCCCGAUGCAUGUCAAUCUUGGCAUCACCAGAAUAUCAGUCACUGCAUACUCAAUGUGGCCAAUAUGUUAUGAAUCUAAGAAAAGGACUAGCGGGUCUGAUACCCCCUAAAGAAAUCCCAUUAGUACCCGUUGGUCAAUUCGAAUGUUUCCAAAAAUGGGACGGUCACCUGGGCAUAGGAAAGGUAAGACGGUCUCUGUGCAAAUCACUGUGGUAUGUUGAUGAAAAAUGUACUAAGGCCCAUUUAAGACCAGCUUUAAGGGUAAUAGGCUUAACAAAUGUCUCCAUCUAUGCAUGCCCCUUUCAUAGCCAGACACUACCGAUUCCAGACACCUACUGGUACUGCGGGGGAACUCGACUGCUCGCCACUCUUCCGGAAGGCUGGAUCGGGAGGUGCGCGCGGGUACAGACGGUGGCGGACGUCACGAUUGUUCCGGUAGACGCAGAGGACACACCGAUAGAGGGGGGUAAUACAACCACACCACCUGGUAGGUUAGAGGGACAUAGGCGACACAGGAGAGCCCUUCAGGAAGACCCGAGAAUAUGGUUCUCGUCAAUUGGUCAACCUAAGGGUAUUCCAGAACAGUUUAAGGUGCGUAAUGAAGUUGCGGUAGGAUUCGAAGCGCUGAUGCCGAUCGUUAGCAUAAUUAAGACGACGGAAUGGCUUAAUUACGUGUUUUUCACGCUGCAUAGGUUCGCUAACGCGACGGAUGAUGCGUUAUCGGCUCUGGGUGAACAGUUAUCGGCAACCAGUAUAAUGACAUUGCAAAAUAGACAGGCCUUGGACUGGCUCCUAGCAGCCCAAGGGGGAGUAUGCCAUGUUAUUGGCACAAAGCAAUGUUGCACGUUUAUUCCUGAUGUGAUGUCCAAAACAGGAGAGUUCACACGGGCCAUGGCCACACUCAAAGGACUGAAACAGGAAAUGACAAAGGCUACGGAAGGACAGGAGAGUUGGGGAGCUGGACUGAGCCGCUUCUUCGACAAUUGGGAAGUAUCACUCUUACAAUGGUUCACUGGAAUAGCUGUGUCUCUGUUGGUUAUGGCCUUUGCCUUAUGCUGCUGUAUUCCAGUGAUCCGGACCUUGGUGAUUAAAGCAGUGACCAAGCAGAUGGCGCUGCUAGCUCCGAGGGGGACUGCCAUACAGACGGAGCAUGACGGCGGCACCUUGGUGCCACCAAGAGACCUUAAGCUGGAGAACAGCAGCCUCAGUUCGGAGGAUGAGGAGGAGGAGGUCUCAGCAGACUUCAAGGGGGUUUGCUGAACGCCCACAAAGAGGAGACGACAGGAGGAGCUGCUUCGCUUUGCAUUGCUUUUUGCAACCUGCUACAGCUGUGUUGAUCAAAAUACCCCUGAAGGGGUACAUGCCCAUGGAAAGCAGAGUUUUCCCUUGCCCCACCUUCAACUCCAUGCAUGGCAGGCCAGUGUGGAGACUUCAUGACACACGAGGUGUCAGAGGGUGGAGAGUUAUAGACUGGAAAUCGGUUGGAGAAAAAGGAAGAAGGGACUGAAAUGAUUAAAUACAGUCAUGAAGUGAUGAACAAAUGAAUAAUGACAUGUAUAACAUCUGUUUGAUUAACAGGCGGGGACCGUAGGAUGUCGAUGGAUUUAAUUUUUAUACGCUUAUUUUUAUUAAUUAAAACACAAUUUUAAAGGUCAAGAUACAUCACAUAAUACAUAUAGGAGAUGCGUCGUUAACUAAGGGAGGAGUAGACGGUUAAACAGCGCGAGAGGGUGGAAAUAAAAGAUCGGGGUGGUAGAAUCGGGGAAGGAAGUUCUGGAUACAGAGUAAACUGCUUAGGAGGAUGACCCCAGACCCCGGGUCAUCGAGUAGAUGGCUCUGUGAGGGUGCAAGUCCAAUGUGUACCCAAGCAGAGGGUCAUAUGUCGUUUUUCCUUAAA